AUGACGCCGCUUCGAACGAGGGUCGCGGUGCGAGCGAUGGUGGAUAAGGCGUCCGUGAUGGCGGCGUCGAUGAAGGCGAAACCGACGAAGAGCGCGGACGUGAGCGCGACGGGGGCGAACCUCAAGGGAUGGACGCCCGCGUCGUGGCGCGAGAGAGAGGCGCUGCAGCAACCGAAGUACGAAGACGCGAACGAGCUCGAGAACGCGCUGAACGAAAUCAAGUCGCGUCCGCCGCUCGUUUUUGCGGGGGAGUCUCGUGAUUUGCAAGAGAAGCUCGCGAACGCCGCGGCCGGGAACGCGUUCGUUCUCUUUGGUGGCGAUUGCGCCGAGAGCUUCAAGGAGUUCAAGGCGGAUAACGUUCGAGACACGUACCGCGUGUUGCUGCAAAUGGCCGUCGUUUUGAUGUACGGCUCCGGUGUACCGGUCGUGAAGCUCGGCCGUAUGGCGGGUCAGUUCGCCAAGCCGCGGUCGGAAGACCUCGAGACUAUCGAUGGUGUCUCUCUGCCGUCGUACAGAGGCGAUAACAUUAACAGCUGUGAGUUCACGCCGGAGGCUCGCCGCCCGGAUCCCGCGCGCUUGGUCAAGGCGUACGAUCAAUCGUGCGCUACACUCAACCUGCUGCGAGCGUUCAGCGGCGGUGGCUAUGCCGCCAUGACUCGCGUGAACGACUGGGAGUUGGAUUUCACGGAAAACACGGAGAGAGGUCGCCAAUAUGCCGACCUCGCCAGCCGCGUCGACGCCGCCAUCGAUUUCAUGGCGGCGUGCGGCAUCGAUGAGAAUCACCCGUCGAUGCAGGAGACCUCGUUCUUCACCGCGCACGAGGCGCUUCAUCUCGGAUACGAAGAGGCUCUCACGCGUCUUGACUCGACCACGCGCGAGUACUACGGGUGCUCUGCCCACUUCUUGUGGUGCGGAGAGCGCACUCGUCAGCCCGAGGGCGCGCACAUGGAGUACUUCCGAGGUGUCUCGAACCCGAUCGGCAUCAAGAUUUCCGAUAAGAGUGACGGGGAGAGCGUUGUUAGCUUGGUGAAGCAUCUGAAUCCCGACAACGUUCCGGGCCGCAUCACCCUCAUCUCGCGCAUGGGCGCCAAGAAGCUGCGCGAGCACCUUCCGCGUCUCAUCACCGCUAUCGAGGAUGCCGGACUCAAUGUGUUGUGGGUAACAGAUCCGAUGCAUGGUAACACGAUCAAGACCGACAAUGGUUACAAGACGCGCCCGUUUGAGGCCGUACGAGAUGAAAUUAUGGCGUUCUUCGAGGUGCACGAGAAGAUGGGUACGCACCCGGGCGGGGUUCACUUAGAGAUGACUGGUCAAAACGUCACGGAGUGCACCGGCGGCACCAACAACGUCUCCGUUGCCGACUUGGAGAAGUGCUACCUGACGCACUGCGACCCCCGUUUGAAUGCGAGCCAGGCCAUCGAGCUCGCGUUCUUGAUGGCGGGCGAGUUGCAGGCCAUGCGUCGCCGUCGCGCGCAGCAAUAG